AUGACUAUGAAGAAUGAUGCCAAAAAUAAAAACGUAAAAACUAAUGUGAACAAUUCUGAGGUUCACAACAGGAGCAGUGGUCAUACCAAUGACGCAACUGUUGCUGAGGCGAAUCCAUCGGGAAGCGGAAACAUAGCAGAAGAAUACAGAGAGGUGAGGCGGAGUAGAAGAACACGAAACGCACAUAUUAGCGAUAUAGCUACCAGUUACAUCGAUGAUGUAGGGGAUGCGAAUAAGGAGAAAGGUGGCACAGAAGUUAUUAAUAACGAAUUGCAGGCAAGUAAAACUACCCUCAGGGAAGACACCUUAAAACGAAGAACCCAGGAGUGUAGUACCGUACAUGUUAAUGACAUGGUUAUUGGUACAAAGAUUCUGGAUGACAACACAGACGUGCAGUUAAUCGAGGAAUUGAGUACAUGUCAAACAAGGAAAGGGAAGGGAGAUCAGCACAGUAUUAUUCCCCCCCAGAUUGAGGAUAGUACGAUCCCCAAGGGAGAGAAAACAUACCCUAUGAAAGAUCAAAAUAGAGAAAACGAAUACGACAAUCCAAUUGUACAAGGAAAAAUGGAAGUUAUCCCCCUUAAGAGGUCGAGGAGGAAACCGAUAAGGAAUAACAAAUACGACAUAUUUAUUCAAGAAGAAAAUACAAGAAGCCUGCGAGCAUAUGGCAACAAGGAGGGACUUAACAGGAAAAGAAAAAAAGUGGGAAUACAGAAAGAUUUCGUGGAUAAUACGUACCAACCGAAUUGUGAAGUAAAAAAUAGUAGCAUUCCCACCAAGGAGGAAGAUAAAGUAGCUAGUAACGCAAAUGUGAGUUAUUCCAGAAAAGCAAACAUUUUGAGGGGAAGUAAUGAUCAGCUUGUCAAUAUAGAACCCUUUCCUAGUUUGACAAAAAAUGAACAAGUUCCUCAAAAAUCUGAGCACUAUUAUUGCAACGUUUUAGGCAAUGAUGUUUUAGCAGAUGCAGGAGAAAAUGCUGGACACAAUUUGUGCAUUCCUGCCGGUAGCAAUUCCGCCACGAAAGAUAAUGCCAAUGGGUUCAGUGCUCCCAAUUCUGCGGUAAACGAUAUUGACACCAGGAGGUACGAUUUAUCCGUAGUGAAUAAAAAUAUGUGGAAUGAUGCAGAUGAGAAGGGGGGUGUGAAAGCGAAGGGAGAGGAGAACACAGUGGAAAUGGUUGCAGAUGUUAGAACACAUCACCUAGACAGAUCUGUACGUGGUUUUCAGAGGGGAAAAUCACACAGGUUUAGGGGAAAAGGUAAAUCAGGAUUGGGAAGAGGAAGAGGCAAGGGUAAAUUCAGGAGCAAGAAAAUUGAAUACAUUAAACAAGAACCGUAUAGUAUUAACUAUAACGACCUCGUGGUGACUGAAGCGAAUAACAUUUUUCCACACCUAACCGAUGUAGGUGGAAUGGCCGCCCUUCCUAUUAGUGAAGAUGCUCACGAAAGUGUGGUAUCCCCCUGUAUUGAGAAAAAAAGAAGAGGAAGAAAGAAGAAAAUACAAAACAGUAAUGCUCAAGAGAGUAUACUCGAUGUAAAUUUGAAUGAAAAUGAGAGGGAAAAUAAAAAAUCAGUGAAACAUCUAGUUCAUGAUAGGAGGAAACGAAGGAAAAAUGGCGUUCUUUUAGGCAUGAACAGCGCACCAGAUGAUGCGAGUAAAAUAAAUUUGCAUAUUCCCACAAGGACAUCAUCCAUGUUGCAAGGGAAGGGUUUACCCAAUUUGGGAACUACCCAAGAUGAUAUAAACAACAGCGGUGUUUAUACAACCUUGACCCCUACAAAGAGAAAAGUGAAGGACGAGAAGGAUAAAGAAUUAUUGUGCGGGGAAAAUAGCACUCUUGGUGUGGAUACCUUUGCACGUACCAAUUCGGGUAAUGUUGUCAAGGCGUCGAGGGGUAGUCACCGCCUAGACGAAACUGAUCCCCUAGAUUAUACAUAUGGAAGAAGCGCAAGGAAAAGGAAAUACACUGAAAGGGGAAAACAUAGUACAGGUAGGCAGAAGUCAAGAGGGCGUGGAUGCACGUCAGUUAACAUCUCCACGAAUGCAGAUACGCACAGAAGUGACACUGAAAAUGUGUUACGAGAACGUGAAUGCACCAACGUUGAUAAUGGUAAAAAUAGUACUAAUCAGUGCGAUAAUGAUGGUAGGAGACUCUUCCCAAAUGAAACAUUCCAAAUUAAAGAAGAAUUUAUGAAUAACGUAAAUAGCCUCAAUACAGUAUUCAAUUUCAAUGACGAGUUCUUAAAAUUUUUAAAAAAAAUUAGCAGAGUAGACGACAUUGAUUAUGACGUUAUGUUGCCCUUCCUGGGGGAGAUACAAGGAAAGUUAGCCAAGGAUAUUAAGCAACAAUUCCCACCCGAAUGUUUAGAUUCUCACAACGUAGAUGAAUCCGUCUAUGCCAUGGGGUACUUAGUAGACAUACUAAACAAUAAUAAUGAAAUUUUAAACAAACUGAACCAGCUAGAGUAUAAGUUCUAUUAUGACUAUGUGAGGAAAAAAUCCUCUAAUGAAAGAAAUAAACAAAAAAAUUAUUACCGCAAAACGGAGAAUGAAAUUGCCCUAAAUACUGCAGACAUUUCCAGAGAUAUUAAUAAUGAAUGUUGUGGCGAAAUUCAAUGUAACCAUUUAGCUGAUGACAACAAGGUGAAGAACGAAUCUAGUAAAAACCUUAACGAAAUUUAUGAUGAGGAGGAAAGGAAAACGAACGAGCUUAUGUACAGCGAGGAUAAACAAAUGGAUGAUAAUUAUAGUGUUCCCACUGGUGUUGUUGAUAUGUACUUUAUGAAUUAUAAGGAGAAAGAUGAUUUUCAUCACAUUAAUGAAAGAAGCUUGAAUUUAAAAAAUGAUGGUGGCACUAUUACUCUGCCGAAUUCUAGUGUUGUGGGCGAGAAACUACUCCAUGAAAGCGGUGGAACGGUAGGUGAAAGGAGCUUUCUCUCUAAUCCAACUAGUGGAGCUGCACCACAAGUGAAGCAAUGCACUGGGAAAGAGAGACAAUAUAUGGGGGAAGGAGAAAAACAAGGAAGUGAUGAAGCGAACGGUCAAUCACAUGAAAAAGACAAAUUUGCGGAAAACGAAACGGGAGAAGGACCAACCCACGGUGUGACAAAGCGUAUGGAUAAAACAAACCAAACUGCAGAAAACGAAAAAAUAAGCAAAAAAAUAAGCAGAAAAAUAGGAAGAAAGAUAAGCGGGAAAAUAAACGACAUGCAAAGCGAAAAUAAUGUUAGCAAGAACGACGUCCACUUUAAGUAUGCCCACAAGUUGAUCAAACGGAACAACUUCGAUUUUGUGUGUGAUGAGUUAAACGAACUUAUAAAGCAUACCCUGAAGAAUGAAGAUUUGUUCUACUCGAAUUAUUCUAAGGGAAGAUAUAAAAAUGUAAAUGAAGAAAGCUUGUUUAAACAUUACAUAUCGACGAAAUUGUAUAACACGUCCAACUUGGUUGACGGUUAUAAGGAGGAGAAGGAGGCGAACGUUCCGAACCAUAAGUUAUUCGGAGGUAGACAGUUGAGGGCCAGUGAAGGUAUCAGCAUAAAGGUCGACGAGCGGGAAAAAACUUUGAUGCAAAGUUAUGCCGAUUAUUUUAGACGCCUGAACGAUGUGUCCAACAGGGGGCGCAUUGGUGAAAACGGAAAAAAUGAAAAAGAGGGCAACACGGAAAAAAAGUGUGACAACCCCGAGGGAGGGUCACCUUGUUGUGAUGCAAAAAAGGAGGACUAUAUAGUAGGCUACCCAAAAUGGGAAAAUAAUUAUAACCCAAAUGAUGAAAAUAAUGGUUACUGGAAGGGAAGUAACCCUAGAAGGAAAAGCAUAGUGAGUAGUACCAUCGGGAAAAUUUCACAUAACGUUUCGGCUCUUUCGUGUGAGAAUACUACCCCUGUGAAGGAGAAGCACUCGAAUGAAACUGAUGAUAAUACGAAUUGCGUGAGUACUAAUUUACAAGUCAGCUUAAAAAUGGAGCCAACAGAGAGAUUAGAAAAGUAUGAGAGGAGGAAUGGCGACGCGGAAAGAAAACAACAGAAGAACGGUUUAAAUAAUGAGGAACAGAUACGUGAUGGAACGAAAGACACAAAUCGGGAGAGUGGAAGUAUCGAGGAAGAGGAAGCACAAGAGAAGGAUGAAUGUGAAGAAAACAAGUUUUGGUUUACGAAAAUUAUUCCUUUUUUUAAGAAAAACGUAAAUGCGAAUGCACCGGAUGGCCAUAAAAAUCCCGAUGAUGUUGACGGUGAUGACAACGCAGACAACGUUUGUGAUUUUGCCAAACAAAGAGGUGACCGUGCUGUGAAAGAAGAAACGAAAGUGGAGUUGGAGAGUCCCCCCAGCAGUAGUGUUGGCGCUACCGAGAAAAGCUUAUCAGAUGGUAAAUCGAAAAUUGACGGAGAAAAUGCCAACGCCUCUAUCAAAACACAUGAUAAGGAGACCAACGUUUGUACCUCUUUCGAAGGUAACAGCAACUCUUUAGACAUUUCCAAACGGGGCGAAGAAGACAAGAAGGGAAAGAAUGCGACGGAUGUGUCGCUAUGUCACCAUGAAAAGGGCAUUAUAGAAUAUGGGUCCUUACACAAAACAUGCGCCCACUCUUUCAGGCAUAUGAAUGAAACACAAGAAAAAAAUAUCGACACUCUGUUGAAGGAGACAUUCCAUUUAAAGGACAACGAAUUUAUGAACAUGAAAAGGGACAGAACGCAGAAGGAAAUUUUAAACUGCCUGAGAAUGGUAUCCCAAAUUAAGAAAAUAUUUUUUGACGAAUGCUCAAAAAUGAUUAAUGAUCAAAUUUAUGUCCUCGAGAAAAAUUUUAGGAUACCGGACUACUCCUUGUCCAUACUGAAAAAUUCGUUUGACUAUAAUGAUGACAAUUGA